AAAAUCCCAGAUUUUGACUCAUCUUACCCUCUCAUCCUCUCUAGUAUUUUGCAGUACAAAACUAGUUUUCUGAAAAUCCAAAAUCUUCUCGUAUCUUCCCUCUUAAAGUUGUUUUACACUGUUAAAGCCUAUAAAGUCUGCAGGUAUAUUUUUUCAUAUUAUUAAUCAAAAAGUAAAUCCUAAGUGUUGAGUCCAGGUUCUUUCCAAGUUUCAUGGAGCAGCUCAUGUGUAUAGUGUAGAAAAAAUGGCAUCUUUCCCACUUGUUUCAAAUGACAGACUAUUAGUUAGUCACAAGAAAUGGAACCCCCAUAUUGCUAAUUCUCAGUCUUUAAGGUGUUUCAAGAAUCAAGUUUGUUCAUUUCCCAAUUCUUGUUUUACUUCAAGAUUCUGUAUAUCUCAGCUUAUAUACAAGAAAUGGAAGACCCAUAUUGGAAAUUUUGAAUCUUUAAGGAUAUUAAAGAAUCAAUGCUCAUUACUCAAUUCUUGUUUUUGUAAAUCUCAAAGUAGAGUAUUGCUUUGUAGUACUGGGGUUAAGUCAAUGAUAAAUGAGAAGGGAGAUAUAGAAACUCAUUUGAACAAAACAGACAGUAAUAAUAUUCAUAGGAAGUUUUCGUUGAGAUUGAAAUCAAGGUUAAGAUUAUUGUCUAGAAGGUUAAAAAGGGCGUCUGUUAAAUCAAUGUUAAAUGAUUUUGGGAAGUUUCUGAGGAAGAAUACUAGAAAAGUGACACUGUCAACUUCAAUUUCAGUGGUAUUGGGCUUGUGUUGUUUGUUUCUAAGAUUGACAGCAACUCCUUCUCCAAAGGUUGUUCCAUAUUCAGACUUGAUUACCAGUCUUCAGGGAGGAUCUGUAACAAAGGUUCAAUUUGAGGAAGGCACACGGCGUAUUUACUACAAUACAAACUUGUUGAGUCUUAAAAAUGCUCAGACAAGUGAAGAUAGUUCUGUAGUUCCUGCUGAAAGCACGAGCAUCGUUGAAGAAAGUAAAGAUAUAGAUAGCAACAAAGGUGGCAAGAAUGUGUUCAGUAAAAUAUCAAAAGCCCAUGGUUCUACCCCUUUAUGGCAGUUUAGUACAAGGAAGAUUGAUCAUGAUGAAGGAUACCUUCUUAGUCUAAUGAGGGAAAAAGGAACAGCAUAUGGCUCAGCCCCACAAUCAGCACUUAUGUCACUUAGGAGCUUAUUAAUUACUAUGUUAUCUUUAUGGAUUCCUUUGACUCCGAUAAUGUGGCUUCUCUAUCGUCAACUUUCUGCUGCCAAUAGCCCUGCUAGAAAAAGAAGGCCAAGUAACCAGGUGGUUGGCUUUAAUGAUGUGGAGGGUGUGGAUGCUGCAAAAUUGGAACUUAUGGAGAUAGUGUUGUGCCUGCAAGGAGCUAUAAACUUCAGUAAACUAGGGGCAAAGUUACCAAGAGGUGUACUGCUUGUAGGUCCACCAGGGACUGGAAAGACACUGUUAGCUCGUGCUGUGGCAGGAGAAGCAGGAGUACCCUUUUUUUCUGUUUCAGCUAGUGAAUUUGUUGAAAUGUUUGUUGGAAGAGGUGCAGCUCGCGUUAGAGACCUUUUCAGCGUAGCAAGAAGGAAUGCUCCUUCAAUCAUUUUCAUUGAUGAACUUGAUGCUGUCGGAGGAAAGCGUGGAAGGAGUUUCAAUGAUGAAAGAGACCAAACUUUGAAUCAGCUGCUUACGGAGAUGGACGGCUUUGAAUCGGACUUGAGUAUCAUUGUAGUUGCUGCAACUAAUAGACCAGAAGCUCUAGAUCCAGCACUAUGUCGGCCUGGACGCUUCUCCAGGAAAAUCUUAGUUGGGGAACCAGAUGAAGAUGGGAGGAGAAAGAUCCUGGCUGUACACUUACGAGACGUGCCCCUUGAGGAGGACCUGGAGCUUGUCUGUAACCUGGUUGCAUCUCUUACCCACGGCUUCGUAGGUGCUGACCUUGCUAACAUUGUAAAUGAAGCUGCUUUGCUUGCUGCUCGCAGAGGAGCUGAUUGUGUCUCAAGGGAAGAUAUAAUGGAAGCCAUUGAAAGAGCAAAAUUUGGGAUUAAUGACAAGCAGUACACACAAAGUGCAAUAGGCAAGGAACUGGAGAAACUGUUCCCUUGGGUUCCUUCUUUCAUGAGGAAGAACAGUACAAGAAGUGAUGCAAUACAAGGACCUUUGGGAUAUCAAGCACUCGGCUGAGAUGUAUGCUCUCAUCUUCUUGUUUGUAGAAUGUUUUUUUACACAUGAUCAAGAGUAAUGCUAUGGAAGAGAUGCUCAGUGAUUAUUCAUAUUGCCGAUCUCAACUUGUUCGGGAUUGAGAUAUAGUAUCGAGAGUGCGAAAACUUAAAUCAUGAAAGUUUUUGUCUGCGGUUAAUAGAGAAUUAUUUGGAUAAAGAUUUUUAUUUUUUAUUUCA